AUGACUUCUCUCAAGAACUGUGACCCGCAGUUAAGACGAUAUUUGCUUGUGCAUCGGCUUCCUGAUAUAUUUGAGGUAAGAAUUCACUCUAACAGGCAAACUGCAACCUUGAUUCCUGAAUCAAAGUAUUUUAUCCAGCGAUUUUCUCAGUUUGUGGGAGGAAUCCUGCUCAGUGAUUUUCCCCCCGACAGAAAGUGAUAGUGUUUGAAGUUGGAAUUUAUAUAAGCUCUGUUUGCGUUCGAGAUCCAUACUUUAUCUGAAAGAUUUGUUUCCGUAACCUAAUGCGUCGUUGCCCAAGGCUAUGGCCAGCUGUCUUUUUCUUGUUGUUAACUAUUGCCGAUAAGAAGUGGUAUAGGAUUGAUAUAAGUACAUUUCGUGUAGGUGAACGCUUGGGGCUGAGUUUAAUUAACAAUGGUUUAUGAACUGAGCGGAGUGCAAUUUGUAUAGGUAAUCGCAUGAUUGCAAGUGAUAAAUCAGCACAAAUAUUGCUCGUGCUGAUUUAUCCCAAAAUAAGACAAUUUUUUAAAGGCUAACCAAAUUGUAGUCUUUUAAAAAUUUACGUGUGCUGAUUCAUCCCCAAGUCUGGUGGCUUGCCUUUGCCUUGUUGUUGAAGUAGUCAGGCUUUUUCCUCAAGAAUUUGUUUCAAACUUUUAAAGCCUCUCUCAAGAUUAAUUGAGAGUUUGUACUCUUUCUCAGUUAGGUAUCACGCCAAGAAUCGUGCCUGUCUUUCAUACAAACAGUUGCGUAAAACUCCUUGAGAAUUUUAUUCAGGGCCUCCGGCUCACACUUUCAUAUCUGUUUUUUGAGGCCAGACUUUAGGCCAGCUUAUCCUUUGCUGAAUGUUUUUGCUUUUAGCAUACUACCUCAAACUCUGAAUUAAAAAAAUUGUUACUUUCUCCACACCUGUCCACUAUUUUGUUUUGUUGUGCUUAAUAGAAACUUACCUGUCAAUCAAUGUACUUUCAACUUUCUGCACAAAAUUUCAACCCUCUGCACUGUUUGGGAUCACAAAAUUCAGUCACUAAUUACAAGUUUUGUGGGAAGCCAUAUCAGUGUUCAAUAAUCAUCAACGAAUCAUAAAAAGCAAUAAUUAGCCGAGUGAAAAUUUGUUUUUGUGCUAUAAUGCCAAGGCAAUGAAACCAGCCAUACUAAAAACCAUUACCACAAUUUGUUAAUGAAAUAAUAAUACUUUAAGUGUAAGUGAAGCCUUUUUUUUGUUUUUAAUUUCAAGUAACUUUGCUUAAGGAAAUAACCAAAAUUAAAGAAAAUGCGCUCCUCAGCCUAUCAGAAUUUAGUAAUUUUGCCCUUUAUGUUAUAAAAGUGUUAUCAUGCAAGUGGUUAACAAAAUUGGAAGACUAUGAAGUGGGAGACUGUGUUGUUAAUUACAAAUAUGAUAACAGACAGAAUUGAAUAACAUGAAGUCUUGUCACCAAUCAGUCAAAACUAUGACAAAAUUUUAGAUACAAACUAGUGAUUCAUCAUAGGUUUUCAUAAAAAAAGAUUUCAGUCACCUUGGCAAAAUAGGUGACAACAGUGACUGCACAUGAUGCAUACUGUCCAAUUACACAGGACUGGUACGUUAUGCUUAUAUUGUCCAAUAACAUUGUCCAAUUGGUGUUGGUUGGAACCAAUCAUGUUUGAAAAUAUUGAUAAAGUAUUGACUACAGUAUGGAAUUUUAUGGAUUUCAAGUUCGCCCCUGUAUGUGUGGUUAAUAAGGUUGAUUCCUGACUUAUAAUUUGACUUUCAUCUUUUGUCAUACUUGGAAGUGCACAAACCAUAUAAUCUUUAUGUAAGCUUUAAGAUUGUAAGUAAAAAAAUACUUUUGACUUGCAGGCUAUUGUCAGUGCUUUAGCUGUCAACUGCCCAAGGGAUCCACAAGCAUUUAUUCUUGAGAAAUUAAAACUCAUCAUAAAUUAUGAAGAGGUCCUGGAUGAUUUGCGAUGGUAUGUAUUUUAUUGCAUUUUUGGAUACAGAGUUCUAUCUGAUUAAUGCUUAAGUAACUGAGAAAAGUGCAAGUUGUUCUGAAAUCAUACAUCAUUGUGUUAUUUCAGAAUUGAAUGAGUGUCUCUAUAGGGCAGAUACAAUUGUGGAAAACAAAUAUAAAUUCCUUACCAACAUUUGCACAGCAUGAGGUUUACUUGUCACUUAUUUAGAUCAGUUUUAACCCUUUAACUCCCAAGAUCUGACAGUUAAUUCUUCCCUCACCCUGUUACACAUUUCCUUUUACAUUGGUUACAAGAAUUUGGUGUUAGAUCUAAAUAAAAACUUCUACCUGAUAAGUUUAAGUAUUCUCUUUACCAUUUUGCAGGAUAAUGUAGGGAUAUAAUAAGGAGAAGUUACAUAUUAAUCACUUCUGGGAGUCAAAGGGUUGAUAGAGCAAAAUUUAGUUGCCCACAUACAGACUUUUGGUCAAUGAAAAAUAUUCCAAUUGACCCAGUGGCUAUUUGAAAAAGAACAAAAGAGAGAGACACCAAGAGAGGAAAAUGACUUUUAAUUUGGUUAUUUUGAUUUUAUUGAUUUGGGAUUUUAACUGGCUGCAAUCAAAUUGUGAUUUAGAGACUGAAAAAGGAGGUACCAUGCAUAAACAAAUCGCACUGCUUAGAGCCAACCAGAUCGCCAGGAUCACUAGUGAUUUUAAAAUAGUAUAUUUACUGAUAUUACUUUAGGCUUCCUUUAAAAUUGAUUGAUUAAAUUUCUUUUUCGUUCCAGGGAUUCUUUUAUUGAUCAGAAAAAUCGUCCCAAGAAUAGAGUAGUGAAGGCCACAGUUUUGGAUUUCCUUUGGUCAUAUGAAGAUGAAAAUUCACAGGUAAAGAAGAGUUAUUGCAUUUUAAUUGAUAUUUGAUAGAACAAAAAUAAAAUAAUCACUUCAAAUGGCCCAUCAGAACUGAGAGAAUAUUACAAGAAGCCACUGAGGACUUUAAAUCCUUUUAAACUGCUUCUAGUUUUAGGCUCAAGGGGAGAUGUUAUGGAGAGAUGUGCCAUGGGUUGGCUUCAAGGUCAAGAGGUUGGCUUUGAGAUGUGGCUGGGUUAUUGUAGUGUUCUCAAGCAAGAUACUCAACUUUCCUAGUACCUCAGUCCCUGCUCAGAAUUUUUGACCCCUUAACUCUCAUGAGUGACUAAGACAGAAUUUCUUGUUACAAUACCAAUACAAUAUCAACCAGAUAAGUGAUGAGAAUAAAGAAAAAUAUUAAUUUUGGGAUCAUAAUCAGUUAAUCCAAUACUAAAUUCUCUGAACUAACUGAACUUAUUACUGGUAAUAAUUGUAUGGUUGAUAGUAAGGAGAAUUAAAAAUUGGAUCUGGGGGUCAAAAGGUUAACUCUCUUUGUAUCUCUUCCUGCUCAGGAGUUUUAAAUGAGUACAGGCUCUAAUGAUUUAAAGACAGUCUAAAUUAAUUCAAGGUAUUUUAACCCUUUCCCUCAGCCAACUCCUGAAAUGUACCAAAAAGCCUACAACUUGUACAAUGGUAAACUGAAGAAAUCAUGUUUCAGGUAAGGAAUGAGCUGUAAAUUGUUAGACUAAAGUUUGUUCCUCUAUUUAGGUCUGUUGUUGGUAGAAGUCAGUGUUGUACAGUUAAGAUCUAAGAUCUUAACUGUACAACUAUUUUGUUUUCAUUUAUUUUCAUAAAGGAAGCUUUCAUGAAAUCCCAAAUACUUUUUAUCGUUUCCUUUGUCAUAGUGCCUGGAUGCGUUAUCACAAGUACAUGAGGAGAAAGAAAGCUUUAUUGGCCAAGAAACUAGAGAAUGCUCAGAUUUGGCAUCAGCGUAGGGUACAGAGAAUACAUCUUGAAUAUUGGAUUGUAUCUUUUUAAAAUUCAGUCAGGAGGAUAUGUACAUUGUGUAAUACUAAAUUACACUUUCAAGAGUAUUUUGCUUUAUAGUUUUUUGGGAAACCAUCUGGCAGCUUUACUGUAAAAACCCGCAGAUAAGCCGCACCUUUUUUCAUCCGCUCUAAUGCCUGGUUACUAAGCUUCGAAUGUUCCGCUCGCGUUCUUGUCGUAGUGCUAAAACCUAUGGAAAAGCUAUGUUGAAUAAAGAAAUUCCCGUCAACAAAUACCAGAAAAAGAUGAAUCAUAUGUCAAAGUUGGUAGGAAUGAUGUUCAUUAUGUUAAAGUGCCAAAAUUGUGGGUAAGACUUUGAAGUAUUUUCCGUUACAAUGUUAAUAGUGAGUGUACGUUCGAUGAACAGUGGAUGAAGAAGACUUCUCAAUACUCGACUUUGGAUUUCUUUUGAUUUCUUUUAAAAACCUUUUUUUCCAAAAUUUUAGCUGCUAAAUUCAGGGUGCAGCUUAUCUGCGGGUUUUUACGGUAAUUUCUAUUUGCAGGAUGUCUUAUAAAAUUUGGCAUUUAGUAUUUGCAGGAUGUCUCACGAAAUUUGGCAUUUAGUAUUUCCUACAUUAUAAUAAGAAUCCUGUCAAAAAUAAAAAUCUACAGAGCCUUGGCUCUUUGAGUAUAACUUUUUUCACAUUUUAUGUUUGUACAGCUAUGAAUAAAUUUGUGCUACAUUAAAUUUCUCCUUCACUUGAUUGACACUGCCACAGGCAUGGGUUUCUGAGAGAAAGGAGAGGCAAAAUGGUUAGUAAAUUUUUCUUUUCCUUCCAGUUCCUCAGUUUUGAAACAAUAUUUUAGUUUUCAGUCUUUAAUCAUCCACGUCAAUGGGUGUCUGUAAAAUAUAUAAUGUUGAAUAUCAAACUUUACAGUCAAGAAAAUGUGUUUCACAAAUAGUUAUAGUUAACAGAUGAUUAACUCUUUAACUCCCAUGAGUCAUCAAGACAAAAAUUUUCCGUACAAUAUCAAUACAAUAUCAACCAGAAAAGUGAUGAGAAUAAAAAAAAAUAUCAAUUUGGGGAUGAUUAGUUGAUCCAAUACUAAAUUCUCUGAACUAACAUUAUAUAAGAAUUGUAUGGUUGACAGGAAGGAGAUUUACAAAUUUGAUCUGGGAGUCAAAGGGUUAACAGAUGUUCUUACUGCAUUUUGAUGUCCUCUGUGAUCAAUUACUAAACAGACCAACAGUAACAUGGAAUCUAUUUCAAUUUAUAUAAUAAGCUCAGUUAAUGCACACAUUCUAGUUGGUUCUCACUUAUGAUCUAUUGGAGGACAGACGUGUAGAUGAUGUCAUCAUUAACACUUUUUUUAAUUCUUUAUUAUAUAAAACAAAUAGAUUCCAAGUUUGCCAUGUGUCUGUUCAGUAAUAGAUCACAGAGGACGUCAAAAUGGGGUAAGAACAUCAGUGACACACUUGGCUGCGCCUCGUGUGCUACUUUUUUGUUCUUACCACAUUUUGAUGUCAUCUGUGAUCUAUUACUGAACAGACGCAUGGCAACUUGGAAUCUAUUUGUUAAUUGUUUUGUGUGAUAAAAAAGUAAAAUAUUGUUGACCCUUUAACUCCCAAGAUCUCAUUAGUAAUUCUCCUUACUGUCUGCCAUACAAUUCUUGUGAUGUUAGUUUGGAGAACUUGGUAUCGGAUCAACUAAUAAUCCCCUAAUUGAUAUUUUCCUUUUUCUCAUUACUUGUCUACCUGAUAUUGUAUUGAUAUUGGUAAGGAGAAAUUCUGUCUUGGUCACUCAUGGGAGCUAAAGGGUUAAUUGUGAUGUCAUUCAUGCAUCUGUCCUCCAAUAGAUCCUCAGUGAAAACCAAUCAAAAUAAAUUACUGUAUACCUCGGCUUAUCAUUAAAACUGUCUUCUUGAUGACCAAAUCUUUGUUUGAGGAUUGCAGUUUCUGUAUUGAUUGAAACCCUGCAUUCUUAAAUUUUGUGCAAUUAAUUUUAUUACAUUCUGUGAGAAAAAAUGAAGCUUAAUCUUUUCACUCCCUGGAGUGACCAAGACAGUUUCUCCUUAAAAAAAAAACAAUGCAAUGUCAAGAAGACAGUCAAGUGAUAAGAAUAAAGGGAAAUAUCAGUCAGGCAAUUGUUAGUUGAUCCAGUACCUUUAAUUUCAGUGAUCUCCACAAGGAUCCGCAGAGUCCUUGCAAUCUCAUUGUUGCGUGUGGUGUUUGAUGCAUGGCAUAGUGUUGCUGUGGAUGCCAGGAAGACAAAGGAGUAUUUUGAGGUGGGUAAGACAAAUAUAACAGGCUGGGGGGAAAAUUUUGUAACCAUGUAUUUUGUGACCUACAGCUGUAUGUGAAAUUAGAGGUUUCUUCAGAUAUUGUAAUCCUCAGGCUUCUGUGAAAUAUUUUGCUCCUCCACUGAGGAGGAGUUUGAAUGGGUACUAGCUGGGUGUGGGGAAAGCUUGACAACUAGCACAGGGGGGUGGGGGUGGGGGUGGGGGUUGUUAAUCCCUGAGAUGUACCAAUAUGCCUCACAGUAGAGGAAGAAAUACCACAAGUUUCUUGUUUACAAAAAAAAAAAAAACAACAACUACAAAAAAACAGGGUAAGCUUUGAUAGUAGAGACAACUCUAGGAGGGGAAAAUGUCCUGUUAGACAGUGGGAACUAUUUUUAAUACACAAGUGUGAUUUUGAGUGUUCUUGGUCUAAUAAACUAGCUCACUGCUUUGCAUAUUUUUUUCUGAAAAUAUUCAGCGGAUUGAAAGAGGAGAGAUCAUUGACUCAGGGUAUGAAGGAUUCUUCCGUGUCAGAGCAGACGGAAAAGAUGAAAUUUCAUCCCUACCAAGACAUGCAGCGUUAAGGGUAAGUGUAGCUUUGAAAGGGUGUGAAAUUUUUAGAUCCAUUUUUUUUAUUUGCUUUCCUUUCAUCUCAGGUCAAUAGAUUUGAGGAAAGGUAAGUUAAAGAGGCAUUUUAUAAGUUUUGCUAGCUGCUGUAGUAAGGAAAACUUUUAUCAGUUUGUGAAAUUACAAAGCGGUAGAAGUUUCUUGACUUUUUUUAACAGAAAAAUCAGGUUCAUUUACAUGUAAUACAAACUUGUCAAUCCAGAUUUUAAUAUUUGAUUGUCAUACGAUUUAAAUCGUUUAUUAAUACGUGUUUCUGUUUUCAGAUUUUCAGUUACCUAAGCGUGGGUGACUUGGGACGUUGUGCUCGGGUCUGUAGAAGCUGGAAGGUGUUGAUUCAAGCCAACAUACUCUGGAGUAAGGUUGAUUUCUCCAUAGUGAAACACAUGUAAGUCACAAUUGUGGGGGUGGGGUGGGACAGGGGGAGGGCUGUAGCAUCCCCUCCCCCCCCUGUUUUAAAUGGAAUUGGAAGAAAAUGGAACUGUUCUGAUUCUUCCGUCUCCGAUUUCGUCGCGCUAAUUAAGAGGUCAGAAGCGCUCUUUUAACCACAAUUCCUAAUCCAUCACCUGUGAAAACCAGCCUUUUAGCAUAUUUCAUGUUCUCCAAACUUCCUGGCUCUGGUGAGGGGCUAACGCACGAAACAUCAUCUUUGGGACCUUUCCUUCAUGUUUACUUAUGUUAUUCAUUGCCACAAAACAUAAGUGAGAAUUUACAAUGGGAUAGUUACAGAAGAAUUAUGAUACUACUUUUAUUUACGAACUGUCAAUAACUAUAAAAGAUAAGUAUCUCUACAACUAUAACAUUAUCAACCCAGUUGCUAAAUAAACAAUAGCCUUUAGUUAGCGCCAAAAUAAGAGCGAGUAUUUGUCCGCGGACAUUAUCGGUUCCAAGAUGUGAACAGUUUUCCGAGAGCAAAGCUCGAUGAAAACUGUGAGCUUCGAGGAACAGAUUAUUUUUCCAAGGACAAAUAUAUAUUUUAUCGCGCCAAAGGGAGGCUAUUGUGUUUAUCAUCCUUCAAAUAUUUUACAACACUCGUGAAAAAAUCUUUACAAAUAGCUUACUGUUUGCUGCUUGAAAUAUGUAUAUUUUUAAGUUUUCUCUCGUACGCCUUUAUGAGGAAACAAAUAUUUCCCUUCUUCUGUAACAACCACAUAACGCUCUCUCAUCUUGAAUUAAAUCUUCGUAGUUGGCGAAAGGUUUGAAAAUUGGGGGAUAUCACUUGGAUGAUAUCCUCGGAUAUCCCACAGUUUUAGCAAAGGAAUGUUCGGUCACGUCAUUCGUUUAGACCAAUUGCGCGCGAGCAAAAAAUAUUUGAUGGAUCAUAAAACCAAAUUAUGACGUAUGUACCAAUUGUUUACCAGAUAUUUUCUUUUUUUCUUUCAGUGCAACAAAUAAAGUAGCAGCCAACGUUAUCCACAAGUGCCGUCCAUUUCUGGGGCAUUUGAAUCUUCGCGGAUGUUACAAUUUAUCGAGUGAAAGCAUCAAACUUACUGGUAAGGCUGUAUAUGCUUGAAGUAAUUUUUUGAAAAUUAUAUUUUACGUUAUUUCUAACAGCGCAUCACUGUUGUUAUGGAAGGAAAUAUUUCUUUUGUUUUUACCUUCAGCUCAGUGCAGAAAUCUGCAAGAUCUUAACUUGUCAGAAUGCUCAGGGGUUACGGUAAGUUCUAAUAAUUCUAAUGAUUAUAAUGACAAUUGCUAUGAUUUAAAUUGUUAUCAUCAUUUUUUUUGUAUCGUUUUAAUGAUUUGUCACUGAAAUCCUGACACAAAGUUGUCCAGAAAGUUCUAUUCUUUCAGAGGAAGGCGAGAUGGUAGUCACUACUUUCUUUACAUUAAAAAAUCGAACUUUUUUUGACGUCGUUUUGGACAGGCAUUUUCUCUAGGGGUGUAUCACAUCAAGUGAAGGUUUUCCUCGCUAUCUGGAGCUAUAGUUCAGUUUUUAGAUAAGGAGUCGGAUGUAAUCCGGUGUAGCAUUGGAGUUAUAUCACGAAGCUCUAUGAUUGGCUUAGAAAACUGGCGCCACUUUCUGCGCCAAUUAGAUGCAAAACUAAAAACGAUCACCUCGUGGUAACCCGUUAUUUCCCGCGCCGCGGGCAGUUUACUUGUUUUUGCUUCGGGUUUUAAUUAGCUCGUUGCGAUAUAUUUCUUUGUUGUGAUCGGUUCUGUGAUUGCUUUGGUUUAAUUUACGACACUACCGAAUUGUGCUCUACAGAGAAAUUUCUAACCAGUCAAGUGCAAAUCUACAACCAAUCCCCUUGCGACUAAGUCACUCACGUUUUCCCGCGCUUCAGUUCGGCCACAUAAUAUACUUUUGAGCUCUCAUGGGUUCUUUGUGACCUUUUCUGUCCUGACUGGCCUUUGUAAUUAUCAUGCGAUUAGUACUAGUAUAGGUAAUAACACGAUUUCGAGUGCAAUUUGGUGUUAAUAAGCACGAGUAAAUUUUUCAAAGACAACAAAAUUGUACUUUGAAAAAUUUCCAAGUGCGAGAAAUCAUGUUGUUACUUGUUAAUAAUGUAUAUGAAGAAACGUCACAGAGAGUCAAGACAGACGUAAAUUUUGACAGCGCGCGCGCUGUUUGUAAUUUGCACUCGUGUUAUAUGAGAAUGCACCAGUUUCAGCCAAUCAGACACGCGUGAUUAUUUCAUGUACAUUAUUGCGGUAGUUAGUCGAAUGGCGCACUAACUGUGUUUUCUUUGUUGUAGGAUGAAACAGUCAAGAGUGUUGCCAUGGGUUGCACUGCUUUACUCUAUCUGAACUUGGCCAGAACGCCUGUUUCUGAUGCGUCCCUCAGAUAUCUUGGAAGGUUAGUUUUCCACAAAAUGUUUCCUUCAGUUUCUGAAUAGUGGUUGAGACAUUUAGGGUAGGCUGAAAGAACAUUUAAUCAUUGUUCAGAAAAACCUUCGUUUUAAACCAUAUUAAAUUUAGUCAUGUCAUUCAUUUUUUAUGGCGGCAUGACUGAGCCCUUCUCAUGUCCCAAGGGUGCAUUUUGACCAAGACAGAAUUUCUCCUCACAACAUCAAUGCAAUAUCAAAGAGACAAGUGAUGAGAAUAAAGAAAGACAUCAAUUAGGGGAUUAUUAAUUGAUCCAAUUCCAAAUUCUCCAAACUAACAUCUUGAGAAUUGUAUGGCGGAUUGUAAGGAGAAUUACUAAUCAGAUCUUGGGAGUGAGAGGAUUAAGCGUUUUCACCUUCACCUUUCAAAUUUAUCAGUCUACUGUGAGCAGAAAAGGGGAGAGUUUUGUUGCGUUCGCGCAGGAAACGUUGUCUUCAAGAUCCAUAGGCUUAUUUGGGAUGGCUUCACUUGCAAGCUCUGACGAAAGGCCUACGCUCGAAACGUCAGCUUUGAAACUAUUUACGGUGGUCAAUUUACGUUAUCAACUCGUUGAUAAUACUAAAUUACCCUGCUAUACUCUCCCACUGACGCAGCACGACAGUUACUUUAGAAACUUUCCCCCUUUAUUGAUUUGUGUAAACGUUAUAUGCACCUUUUCCUUGUGCUUGUUUAGAUACUGUUCAAACAUGCUGUACCUGAGCCUGGCUUUCUGCACAAAGUUUACUAAUAAAGGUCUUAGUUACAUGGCGAAUGGUAAAGGAUGUCACAAGAUUGUUCAUCUUGAUUUGUCAGGAUGUGAGCAGGUUAGAGCUCCAUUAACUUCUAUUAUUAUACAUUCAACUCACUAUCUCUUUUCUGAUUCGCUAAAAGCGUUCAGCGAAUUUUCGAAAUCAGCGCCUGGGACGUCAUCUAGCUGCAGAUUAAAUAACAAUCAUGUCAAGGACACCCAAGGUCACGGGUAAUUGUGUCAUGUAAGACAACGGUGCAUGAUUCUAAAGGUAAUCAUGUCAAGUUCGCGCGCUUUGUGUUGCUUGCUGAUUUGUAUAUUUUUACACGUUUAGAAUUAAUUAUUAGUUCAACGUACUGUCCUGACCUUUUUGUUUUUUCGUUCAAUGUAUAGUAAAAUAAUUAUUAGACUCAGUUUUAUAGUGAUAUCCAGAAUAAUCAAGGUCUCGGUAGGGUUUAUCAGUCUCAACCUUCGGCUUCGGUAGCCUACAUGUAGCCGUACCCUCCCCCCCCCCCCAAAGGGUGAAACGGAAGCGAGGUUUUCGUAGACGUUCCCUCGCUUCCGUUUCAUCUUAGGAAGCGAAGGAGAGGAGGGGGGACGUCAUCUGUGAUCUAUUGCUGAACAGACGCGCGGCAACAUGGAAUCUAUUUGCUUACAAUGUCAACCUUUUAAACCCUAAGAGUGAUUUGUAUCAAAUUUCUCCUUCCAAUAUCACCCCUGAGUCGCACGAUAAGGUCAUGAGAACAAAGGAAAUGAUCACAAACGAAAGAAGGUUUUGAUUGGCAAACAAAUUCUCCUUAUCAGCACCCUAGGAAAUGUAUACAGAGCAGUAUGGAGAAUAUGCAUACUGAUGUUAGGGUGUAAAGGGUUAGGUCGCAUUAGCCAUGAAUUUAAGCUGCAUCAGCUUUCAUAAUUGAUAUUUAAAUGACCAUGUGUGGUACUGUAUCUUCCUGUGGCAGUACAUCCAUGAUUUACACAGUGAAGGUAUUGAAUGACGGAAAAACCAAACAAAUUGCUAACGAUGCUUACUAUCUGCCCAUAAUGGUUUUUUUGUUUGUUUGGGUUUGGUUUUUUGUUUUAACUAGACUUAAAUAUAAAAAGGGUAAGUGCGAAAUCAGUGAAGGAAAAAUGACAAAAGAUAGUUGAACAUUUAAACCCUCUAAAAGUGAUCAGCAUCUAACUUCUCCUUACAAUAUCAUCCCUGAAUCAAAAAUUAAGGUCACGAGAAUGGAGGAGAUGAUCACCCAACCAAAGAAGCUCUUGAUUCUUAAACAAAUUCUCCUGGUCAGCACCUUAGGAAUGUGUAGAGAACAGUAUGGAGAAUAUACAUACCAAUAUUAGGGCGUAAAGGAUUUAGUGUCUGGUUUCCUAGUUGUACUUACCCCUGCCGUCCAGAACCCAAGAAUCUCGAAGGUUUUUAAAACCUUCAAGGUUCUGGGGUUAUAUGGCUUGGGUACAAACACUACUACCAAGAUCCAAUGAGAAAUUUUUCCUUUUCAGCUGCUAAAUAUUACUUAGUUAACCAAUUAGCACAAUAGUUGUAAACGAUAUGAUAGAUCAAAAAUAAAAUGUAUUGAUCGAAAUUUUUACCACGGUCAACUCUCACCUUCCGGAGACUUCGCCAUUAACCCUUUAAGAUCCUAGUUUCUCCCCACAUCGCACUUUAAGGCCAGGAGAGUAAAGGAUAUGAUCACUAACUAAAGAAGGUCAUGAUUGUUACCCAAAUUCUCCUUGUCAGCACCAUACGAAAUCUAUUGUGAAAAGUAUGGAGAAUAUGCAUACUGAUGUUAGGUUGUAAAGGAUUAUGGGCAGAAGCUAAAUGUGGGGCUUAAACUAUAGACGAAUGUUUAGAAACAACUAUUACAGAUAUGCGAACACUUUAUGAGCUUCAAAACUAACCUUUUCAUUGUUUUACUCAAACAGUUUGUACCUAUGUAAUUACGCUCUCUGUGGUCUUGGAAUGUUCCCAUUUUCGCCGCAUUUUUUCUCAUACUGUAGUAAUUUAUCUAAGCUUUUUGACUCUGCUAUUCAUUAAAAGAAUCUGGAGGUCUUAAACACGUAAACAAGUUAUAUAAAUCUACGGACGUUCUAUCGCUUGUGGUGCAAACUUAUUGCCCUCUCGCCUUGGCAUUUUUUAAUUACAGACAGUGUACUGCGAGAAGGCUGACGGUGUGCGGUUGUAAACAAAAUAAAAUGAAAACAUCGAUCUGCCUUGUUGCUAAUUUUUGAACCGCUUGUACAUUGCAACUAAAAAAAUUAUUUUAUUCUUUCUCAAUUUCUAUCGCGUGAAAGUGGAUUCGAGCUUCGCUUUCGUCAACUAUCACGCGACAGAAAUCUGGAAUCUCGAAUGAAAAUCCAAUUACUCAAUACUCAAUACGUUGUACGUCAUUUUUUAUAACCAAAAACUGGAUCAUUUUUAACACCUUACCUCUUACGAACCCUCGAGAUCGAAAACUCAGCGACACUGUGAUUUCUGGCAAUUUGAUUAUGCAUCUUACGAUAGAAAAGUAUGUGACUUAAUAAACAAGUCACGAUUUACAUCUUUGCCGAUUAAAAUUGCACGUUUGCCUCAGAGUCGGUGUAUGGGCGAUGUCGUGGGAGCUUUGUCAACAAUUGUAAAACCCAAAUUUUUCAAGUGAUCCCUGCGAGAUUUCUCCAUUUUCAUCGUUACUAAGAGCACCUAACGGCAUUUGCAAAGGUGUGUGGUGUUACGAUAGAUGGCAGAAAGCGCCUGCAAAUCCACUAAGAAUUCUUUCUAAUUUUGUUCAAAAUAAUUUCAGAUAACAGAGGAAGGCUACAAAUAUAUUUCCAUGGGUUGUGGUACUUUGACAACGAUUAUUUUGAAUCAGCUGCCAGGAUUGAGGGACGAGUGUAUACAGGUAUUUAAACUGAACGUUACUUGUGCACACGAUUCAAAUCUUUUUUUUGAUAUGUACAAAACUGUCUUCAUUUCUUUCGCAUAUUGAAGGCAUUGACAUCCGAAUGUCGCACAUUGAAGAACGUUUCGAUCAUGAACUCGCCAUUCUUAUCGGAUGCUGCAUUCAAAUGCCUGGCAUCGUGUAAGAAACUUAACAAGAUUAGAGUCGAAGGUGAGUUCAAUUUAUCAUUCAGGGAAUCAUUUCAUUUAGAGAAAUUUCUAAUUGAGUACGCAUAACAAUCCAGAAUAGCAUUGACAUUCAGUGUUCUAUCUCUUUGACGAAGGGCUAACGCUCGAAACGUCAGCCUUUAAACUCUUUACUAAAUUGUCCAGGAUUACUUUUCUUCGUUCAGUGAUUGGUCAAGAAAAAUUGCGUCACCAUCUAAUCCAAGCAGAUGCAAGACUAAACACCGAAUGCGACUUGGUCAGUCGCGUUUUCCCGCGCUUCAGUCUGCUUGUUUUUACUUUGAGCUACGAAUAAGUGAUCACACUCGUCAAUCAAAGUUAAAGGGGAAUAAGGAGCCAAUGGGAAACUCCGAAUAAAAGCGCGGGAAUACGCGAGUGACCAGCCGAUGUGAUUGGCUGUAGUUUUGCGUCUGAUUGGUUGAGAGGAUGAUAUCAGUUUUCUGGACCAAUCAAAGGGCGAAGUAAAGUAAACAAAGCAGUCCUAUAUCUCAUUCGACUCAGAAUCCAUUUUCACAUCCUUUGUCUUUUUUUUUGUCUUUUUUUUUUCCAAGGAAACAAUCGUCUCACUGAUGCAUCAGUUAAAGUGUUGGCCAGAAGCUGUCCUCUGCUUGAACACGUGUACCUUGUGGACUGCCCCAGAAUGACUGAUCUGGCUCUUAAGGCAUUAGCUACUUCCAAGCAUCUUCAUGUGGUCAAUGUCGCUGAUUGCGUUCGGUAAGAAACUACAACUGUAUGAAAUGUUCUGUAAAAAAUACCUUUUUUAUAGAUGGAAAGUAAGAAAGAGUAUGAAUUUUGUUUUAAGGCUUACUCGUGAGCGCUUCGGCACAAGCGUCUCCUUGCUCGCAGGAAAGUAGGAGUCCUGGAAUGAGGUGAGCCGGCUAAAGACCAACAAGGGGCCUGGCACUGUUUACCAGACCCCUGGCAAGCCUCCCCCGAGUCCUCUUAACUCUGCCCGCGGGCGGAGAAACGCGCGUCCUGCGGUGCUCAUAAUAAGGGCAUGCACGAAGGCUAGAAGCUAUGGAUUGUCCUCCCUUUUCUGUCUUUGCUAUUUUUUAAAUCUCUUUUUGUUGAUCAUUUUUUGUUUUCUUGUUUACACCGCUCGUGACGUUACAGGUUCCGAAACCGAAGAUGAAUCUUUUCUGAUAUUUUAACGGUUAUUUGUUUCACUGGUAGAAGUUUCCUUAAACUCCUACGAAUGACCGAGACAGAAUAUCUCCUUACAAUAUCAAUACAAAUAUCAAGUAAACAAGGGAUUAGAGGAAAGAAAAAUGUCAAUUAGGGGAUUAUUAGUUGAUCCUGUAACAAAUUCUCAGAACUAACAUUAUAAGAAUUGAAAGAUGAUGUUAUUCUGUGAAUGACACAAGCAUACUCGGAGAAAAAGACGGAACUCCGAGUGCUCCCGUAAGAAGCCGAACUUACGAUCUUCCGAUUACUACUUCAAAUGCUCUACCACUGAGCAAUAAGAGACUGGUGACAAGCUAGGCGGUAUAACUAGGUCCAUAAAGACAAACUUCCGGCAUACUGCUAGAAUAGGAUUUUCGAAUGUGGUGCUUUUACGCAGUGACGAUGAAAAUGAAGAUGGUAAAUGUUGAGCCUCGUUAUUUAAGUGAGAGAUGAUGUAUUCGGUAAAAGAAUUGUAUGGCAGACAGCAAGGGAAAUUACUCAUAAGAGCAAGGAAGUUUUGUAUGCUCCAUUGGUGGUGUUGUUGGUUGCGUUGCUUGUAAAGCUCUCCAACUGGAGUUUUGUGGUUCUCACUUUGCUGUUCAUAUUUCAUCAGGAUACAAGACACAGGAGUGAGGCAGAUCGUCGAGGGCGCGUCAGGCGCUAAGCUGAAAGAGUUGAAUCUAACGAACUGCGUGCGAGUCAGUGACGUCACGUUGUUAAGAAUCGCGCAAAGGUAAGGGUGAAGUAUUCAGAAUUAAUUUCCAGUUGUCAACAUGGUGUGUAACUCGUAUCUCCGUGGUAGCAGAAAGAAAGUUUUCGAUUUGAAUUAUUGAAGGUCAGUUCUGAAAACUGAGUCGUCAACAUGGAAAUAAUUCUAUUUCCUUUGAAAUCAUGUGAAAUCAGUUAUUAUAACGUUUAAAUAUCAAACGUUCUGUAUCUUCAUACUAGUUAACUUGCCCAAAACGUUUAUAUGAUACCUAUUUUCCAUUAAUUUCUAGGUGUCACAAUCUUGUGUAUGCCAGUUUUUGCUAUUGCGAGCACGUGACGGACGCCGGGGUAGAAUUGCUGGGUACCCUCCCCUCCCUCAUGUCACUGGAUUUGUCCGGGUGUAACAUUCAGGACCAAGGUGUGGCAGCACUUGGUAACAACCCGCGCUUCCGGGACAUCACGCUUGCUGAAUGUCCAAAUAUCACUGACCUGGGUCUGCAGGUGCGUACAGAGAACCUCAGAGAAUCGGUUAGUCAGUCAGCCAGCCAGCAAGUUAGUCACUCACUCAUCUACUCAGACAAUCAGUUUAUCAGUGAGUCGCACGGUUGGUUUGUUGGUCAGUCAGUCAGUCAUUCAUUCCUUCAGUCGGUCGUUCGGUCAGUCAGUGAUUCAGUCAGCCAUAAAUCAGUGAGUCAGUCAGUCUUGCGGCCUUUCGCUUGUUUAAACGCCUCAAAUAACAGAAUUUAAAUGUCUCCUUUUUUUUGCAGAAAAUGUGUCAGCAGUGUCGACAAUUGGAGAACUUCGAUGUUUCCCAUUGCAAGGUACAAAGGGCAUAUCACGAACUUUUGAAUAACUAGCUGGUAGCCACUCUCAUUGAAAAAGUUAUUGUGGACGCCGUGAUUGACGUACGUUUCUCUUCCAUUAGGGUUUAACUGAUAACGCCAUCAAGAACCUCGCCUUCUGCUGUCGAUUACUUCGCACGCUGAACCUCGCCGGCUGUAACAAGGUAGAAGAGCAAAGGAUUUUUUAUUAAAAGCCAGUUACUGUCGGUCUACAGCUGUCUAUAAAACCUCUCACCGCCGCUGUUUCGCCUGCAUGCAGGCUCUUGAGUUUAGGUUCCGCCUUACGGCCCUUUUCAGGGCAAAAGGGCCCAUUACACCACCGACAGCCGCUUAUGGAAUAAUUUAUUGAAACCCCUUGAAGAGAAUGCAAAACCGAAGAUAACCUUACUGUUCCUAAUGAGAAAAUUGAUUUCAGGCUGAAUUCUUUGUUCAAGCAAAGCGUUUGACUUAUCUAUUUUUCACCUUUUUUACAGUUAACAGAUUCAAGCCUUCAAUAUUUAUCAGGUGUUUGCCAUUAUAUUGAGGCGCUAGAUCUAUCUGGCUGUGUUCAUAUAACGUAAGUGCACACAAGAAAACCAUUAGUGGUAACAUAACAAUUUGGAUAUUCACAAAUGGCUGUCAGCCAUGUGAUGUCUAAACGGAUGUCUCAACAGUUUAGUUGAGCGGUUGAAGUUUCGGCUCCUAGUGAAAUUUUCUUCUGUUCUGAUCAGCCAUUGAGAUAAGUUUUUUGGUGUGUUGACAAGUGUUGUGCGAUGCGUCGCGGACAGUUACGAAUCUUGAUUUUUAUUACGAAAUUCUUCAGUUCAGUAUUACAUUUGAAUGGUAAUCCUUGUAGUUUAAACUACGUACAUCGGUUGCUUUAAAUUUUAUAUCCUUGACGGUUGUUACGGAUCGUCUUUCGAUGUAUCUGUAUUUCGAGUAUAGUGCCCCUUAACCCCCUAAGAUUGACUGGUAUCUAAUUUCUCCUUACAGUCUCAUCCCUGAAUCAAACAUUAAAACAAAGAGAAUAAAGAUAUGAUCGCCAAUUUAAGAAGCUCUUGAUUGUUAAACAAAUUCCUUGGUCAGCACAAGACGAAAUGUAGAGAUCAGUAUGGAGAAUUUGCCUACUGAUGUUAGGGUGUGCAGGUUUAACACCUAUUUUAAAACUAUUCUACUCUUUACGGAAGCGAUGCAGGUCGUAACAAGACUUGUUUUGGUUUCAGAGACAAAUCUUUACGGUACUUGAGGAAAGGAUGCAAGAGAUUGUCCUCUUUGACGAUACUCUACUGUAGAAAUGUUUCAAAGUAAGUUAAGUAUCUUCCAGUUUAUCGAUAUUGCUUUUCAGGUCUUUUAAGAUUGUCGAGGGAGAUAACGAGCGGUCCCUCCUUUGUGGCGAAGUUCGUCAUGCGAGUUAAAAAAAAACAAAAGAAAUCGAAUCUUUGGUAAUGAAGUGUACGAGAAGUAACUACUUUUCUGGCACCUCACUCCCAAAGUUCCGCGUGGUAAAUUUUUUCCUCCUAACUUUUACGGCUAGUGUGAACUGUUUGUUGUCUAGAUUGCAAAGUAGAUAACAAACUGAUAACACCGCUGCAACAUGCCUCGUCUCGUUAUCGCGUUUCUGCGCUUCAACAGAUAUCCUCGCCUGUGGCUACACCUUGUCCUGCGCUUUAUGUGUCGUUACGACAUGCGCAGUUUGUAAGGGCACCAUGAAUGCUUUAAAAACCUUCCUUUUUAUGCUUUUAGAAGUUCUUGAAUCUCACUGGCAGCUGUAAGUGCACUAAUCGCUUAUAACGCGCGAUUUGUGGCGUCGAUUACUUCGUUUCCGUUUCCCAACGAUUUAUGAACUUCCAAAAAUGACGGAAUUCAGUUCAUUUACGAAGUCAUUUUGGUAAUCAAUACCGAGUGUCCAGCUUAAAUACUUAAGAGGAUAAAGACGUCAGAUUCUUGUUUAAACAGGUGACUGAGUAGAACGAAAAAUCAAAAUCUGUACUUACCUAGCGAGGACGAUACUUUAUUUUGUUUGGCAUGAAGCACGUAUGAAGAAUAGAUUCAAAAAUUUUCCGGGGUAGGAUGAUUCCACCCCCCUCACCCCUGCUACAAACUCGCGUCCUUAGUGCUCGUUUUCAAGCCCCCGUUCCCCCCCCCCUCCCCCGGUUGAAAAUAGGCCCUGCCGUUCCUGUAUCUGUUGAGUACUAUUUGAAUUUCUCGUUAAUUCUACAGCUAGUGUGUGCAAUCCUUUUCCUUUAAAUCAUUCAUUUCAUUUCUUAACCCAUGCAUUGUUUGUGCUCCAAAGUUGACAUAUUCUAAAUCUUUUGUAGGUCUUCUGUUCAGAAGCUUCAAACCAAAUGCGAACACGUGCUCCACAGUUCUGACGAUCCAUCGCCAGCUCUAGGAUAUUAGCUGACUACUCACACAGAUGGCUUAAGUCCGUUAGAGGUCCAUGGGAAUGUGUACUAUUAAGAGUCCAUUCCAUACUCUCAUGUUGUUUCAACAGGAAGAUAGAGUUGAAAAUUUCAUCGUUCUAAUUGCCUCGUUGAAACGGUGCUUUAGAUAUGGUUGUACAUAGGUUUACAAGAAAUACAAUUUCUUAUGUUUCAAAAUUCACAACUUUGUUUCAGUAAAGAAAGUUGAAAUUUAUUUCAAGAAUGUAAAAAAGAAUUCAAUAAAAUACUAUGC